AUGGCCGAACUCUCCUUUGCAAAAUCCUUCCUCUCCGCCAUCGACACCAAGCCCGUCAAGCUUCGCGCCGACUAUGUCCUCCCGCCUGAACAAGUAGACCUUCGCGGUCCGUACCUCCUUCCCCGUCUCUCCCCCAGUCACCCCCCGAUGCCCAAAAAAAUCAAAACAGCCGCUGCCCCGGGCUCCUCGAAAUCAAUCACCAUCCGCCUAAAAUCCACCCGCAACCCGCCACUCGAAUUCACCCUCCCCAACGCCCCCAUCUCCACGACAUCCGUGGAGGACCUAAAAGAUGCCGUGCGCGAGCGCGUCGCCGAUGCGAGUGGUAACAAGGUGUCCGUUGAGAAGAUCAAGAUCUUGUACAAGCGGAAGCCGGUGUCGGGGAAGACUGUUUCGGAGGUUCUCGCUGAUGAGCCAGAGUUGCUAGGUGGGGGAAAGGAGAUUGAGUUUGGUGUUAUGGUCAUGGGGGGUGCGACGGUUGUUGAGCCUGUGAGUGGGACUGGAGAGAAGGGGGAUGGUGAAGGUGAAGGGGAGGUUACGGCUAAGCCGGUUGUUGGGCCAAGUGGGGAGGAUGUUUUGGAGACGGAGGCCUUCUGGGAUGACUUGCAGGGUUUCCUUAUGCAGAGGGUUAAAGAUGUGGAGGAGGCGAAGAGGUUGAGGGCGUUGUUCAAGGGGGCUUGGAGUUCGGGGAGGUGA